UGACCUCUUUGAUCCAUUUUAUCUAUAUUUAGACGGUCUUGAAAGCUGUAUAUGUUCGAACGUAGUUAGUUAUAUUCGUGAAUACUAAGUGUGGUGACAGUGAAGUAGAUCAGACCGUUUCCUCAAAUUAUUCGAAAAUAUGAGUACUUCUGUAAAUCGAAAGGAAAAAUUGAGUAUAACUACGCAUGUUUUGGAUACUAGCAGAGGUCAGCCUGCUGAUGGCUUGUUUGUGUGUCUCUAUAAGUUUGAAAAUAACAAAUGGAUUUCUUUGAAAGAAAGCAAGACAGAUUCGAAUGGACGCUGCGGGGAUCUGUUGCAAAACAUGCAAGAGAAUCCUGGUUCUGGCAGAUUCAAGAUUGAGUUUCGGGUAAACGAUUAUUUCAAGCGAAUCGCAACCGCGUUUAUGUACCCGAUGAUUGACGUGAUGUUCGACGUACAACAUCCCAACGAGCAUUAUCACAUUCCUCUGCUGCUGAAUCCUUUCGGAUAUACCACGUAUCGUGGUUCGUGAUCGACAUCACAUUUAACCCAGGAAUCACUUGGGGUGUUUUUAUAUUCCGGCGUUCGAGAAAAUGUGAACUGUUAUUGUAAAAUGAUUAUCGUUUUCUUUC